AUCAACAUCUGUGAAUGUUGUCAUUACGAAGUCGAACAAGGAAGAAAUGGUAAAAACGACAAACAGGCUAUUAACAAUUCAUUAAUAAACGAGAGGACAAAUAAAAAGUACUGUUUUGUAAUAAAAUGACUUUAAGAAUAAACAUAACGUAAACUUCACGGUCAGCCUUGUUAUGUAGCAAACAACAAAGCAAAGAGCAAACGAUUAGUGAUACGAAAAAGAUUGAAACUAUGAAGAAAGUCGUUCUAUUUAAAAGUUUGUCAGAGGACUAUCAGAAAGCGUUCAGUGAACAUAACUAUGAAGCCGUAUUCGUCGAGCCGUUGGAAUUUGUGUACAUAAACCUGCAGGAACUAAGUGAAAAACUACAGCAAAACGAUUAUGAUGGCAUUAUAUUGACGAGCCCGCGAGCAAUCGAAGCUGUAUCCAAAUGUUGGUCGCCUUCGAAGUUCGUGAUAUGGAAUUCAAAACGGGUAUACACUGUAGGCGAAGCGAGCAGUCGGAAAAUCAAACAGAUGCUGGGGCUGGACGCGCUUGGCGAAACAUGGGGCAGUGCGGAAAACUUGGCGAAAGUGAUGAGUGCAGAAAAUGCAGCAUCAAGUAAGUUCAUGUACCCCUGUGGCAACUUGCGUUCUGAAAUUCUACCAAAUGUAUUACAAGAAGCGGGUAUCUCAGUUGAUGCACUAACUGUGUAUGAAACAAAAGAGAAUGAACAUUUAAGAGAAAGUCUGAUUGAUCUAAAUAACAACAUCAACCCGUGUUGCAUGGUGUUCUUCAGUCCCUCUGGGUGUGAGUACAUCUACAGACAACUGCAGACGUUCAGCAACAAGCUCUCUGUAUUACCACACUUUGCGAUUGGAAACUCAACAGCACAUAAGAUAGAGAACUUAGGAGUAGAAAUAGCAGGUGUAGCGGCCAAACCCAAAGCGGAGAGUGUGAUUGAGUCUGUGCAGCAUUACUUUAGAACAUUAGAAGCUUGUAGUUAAUGGUACAAAUAUUAUAUCUAUGGUGUUGGUUUUGUAUAUAAUUUUAUUGACUGUUAUUAUUUUUACUCGAAUAUAAAUUUAUUAAAGUUUUGUAAAUAAAA